GCCACGGCCGUGUCGUCAUCACGCUCACCCCUUCCCGCAGUUUCUCCAGGCUCCCCUCUGUACGUAUAGGGCAGCUUCAGCAGUUGGGGACGGGGUUGAUGGCAGAACCCAGCAGCGAUGAGUGGUUGUACCGGACCCUGCGGAGAGUGGCGGGCACAGCGGCCCAUCUUCUCAGCUUGGGUUUCCCUGUAGUCAUCGCGCUGGUCUCGAAGCCGGGCAGCAGUUUAUUUUCUUGGCAUCCAUUCCUGAUGGCUGUUGCUUUUUCCUUCAUUAUGACUCAAGCCAUUCUGCUGUUCUCUCCAGAGACUUCCCUUAUUAUGUCUUACUCAAGGAAAAUCAAAGUUCGAGCCCACUGGUUGUUGCAAGGGAUGGCCACAUUGUGUGCUGUUCUGGGUUUGACCAUUAUUAGCUUUAACAAAUACCUGAAUGACAAACCACAUUUUACCAGCUGGCAUGGUCUGGUUGGUCUGAUAACCGUCCUUUACAUUUGUAUGCAAUGCAUCGGUGGAAUUUCACUUCUAUACCCCAAAAUGAUGAAGAACUGGUCCCUAUCCAAAAUGAAAGUCUAUCAUGCUACUUCAGGAUUGGUUGGCUACCUGCUGGGCUGCACCAGUCUACUGCUGGGCAUGUGUUCAACAUGGUUCACUGAGACAGUGACUGGUAUUAAUUGGUACCUCGCAGUCUGCUUCCCAGUCCUGUUGGCAUUGGUCCUCAUGAAUCAGAUGUCUAAUGCCUACCUGAAGAAAAAGAGGAUGCAGCCGUGACGAACCUUUCUGUGUAAUCUGUCAGUGCUCAGCAAUGACCUGGAUUUCAACCUAUCUGAAAGUUUACUUCAGUGGAACGGUCAAGAAAACAACUUGAGCCAUUACACAAAGACCAAUCAUCAAUGCAGGUGAUUGAUGUCAAAGUGGGCACAGAUCAAUAUAAGGUCUAAACUUUGAGAUUGGACUCCAGUUUAAAGAAUUUACUAAUUCAUGCUGGAAGCUUGGAAAGCAAAUCUCAACAUUGAUUUUCCAGCUUGCUCAAUUAACAUUAUCUGCCACUUUUUAGGGUCUAAGUUUAACCUAUAAUGAAAUGUCCCUGUGUGUUCCUCCUUUGCAAGUCAGCACUGCAGUGAGUAGUGCUGCAUUUUGGUUGUAGUGUACAGUCGAUGUUCCUUUUGCUUACUGAUUGAGAUUCAAGGAAAUAUUCGUCAAAAUAGAAGCAAGCUAUGUACAUGUAAGCCACAAAUAAAGUGAAGCUGUGUACAAAUCAACAUUUCCAUUACUAGGGAUUGCUUUAAACCAAUCAUGCUUAAUCCUAUAGUUGCUUGUGACCUUGUUUCAUGUCUGAUGAUAUUCCUUAUCCCAAGUUAUCCCAACCUCCCUUAAUUCUCUCCUAUGUAGAAUUUACAAUGAAAGGGAUGGCAACCCACAGUCUUGUUAAUAAUUUGUUUGUUUAUUGAUGUAGAUGCAAUUUUAAUUGUGUUGUUUUCUUCUCAACUUGCAGAUUCCAAAUCAAUUAUUUUGUAAAUAUUUAAUGUUAUUACUUCCUACAUGCGUGUAUCUGUGUGUUCCUGCAGUAUUGCGUGAAUAUCUCAUCUUUCAUUUAUUGAGAGAUUUCUUUAUUACUGAUUGCACAUUGUUUGCAUUGAGGAUGAUGGCUUGGAAAGCAUCUAUAUGAUCAAGACCCUUUCUCAGUUAUCACUACCUCAGGCUGUUCUGUACUCAACAGGGUGAGCUUCAAUGUGCAGGGGACUAAUGGACAAGUUCAGAGUUGCCAACUGCACUUAAUAUUUAAUUUAUUAAAGUAAAUGACCAGACUAUAUAUAAACAGUGUAUAACAGACAAUUAAUGUGAUACUGCCUGAUGUCCUGACCAAUUUCAUUCCCAAAUAUAUUGUCCCAGCUACAAAUAAGAUCUUGGGGUCUAUUCAAUUAUCUUCAGCUUCAACAAUCAAUUUAGAAAUUACUUUAUGGUGAGAGAAUCCCUGGCAGAGUAUACUGUGAUCCUGGGUAUGGACAAGUGUCCUUGUGACUUUGUGCCAUAAACAGAACUACUCAAGCAGACAUGAGAUUCUUCCUGUACAGUAUUGUCACCCAGGCUCUCCUUGUUACUUUUGUCUGACUGAAGCAACUAGAGGCUGGGUUGUGGUCUUAGACUUAAGAGACCAAAGGAUUUGAUAGACAUAGACUAUUACUUUAAACAAAGGAUGAUGUGUCAUUGAAAUCAAACUCAAAAGGAAAACUUUAAUGAGCUCCAGACUUUCUUUAAACUCUGAGAAUAUCUCUAGGGACUGAAGAGAAUUACUGUUGGCAGACUGAUGAUGAAAAAUGUUUGUAUUCUAAGGGCCAGUCCUGCCAUACUUGGAUGACAAAGGAUAGUCUUACAAUUAAAACAAAACAGCAAAUUAAAUGAACUCCAACAAUAAUCAAGCACCAUGUGCUUUUUUCCUGAAUAAGCCCACAAAGCUUUGUUUGUUUGUGUUUGUAAUUCUUAAAAGUUCAAUAUUGGUGUCUGAGAUGUAUCCUGUUAUUUGUAUCACACUUAAGAUGGUGCUAGAAGCCUGUAAGAUUUAGAUCUGUCUGCUUGACUAAGAUUUUAUUCCUGAUCAUUGUGUAUCUGAAUUCAAUUGGUUUACUGAAGCUGUACUGAGCCAUUCAGUCAGUGCCUUUCAGCUAUGUAUAAACAAAAUAAAUGACCACCUGUCAUAUAUUGUA